CACCGGGCACCGCCCCCGGCCCCGGAGGAGGGGCUGGAACCCGGUGGCAACACCCGCUGCAGGACCCCAGGGCAGCAGGUGAAGGCACCAAGUCACCAAGGUGGAUCCCGACAGAUCGACAGGAUCGGACAGGCGGGUUGAGGGCUGCCUGGCCCCCUUUGGGGUGCCAUCCACCGAACCAGGCAGCAGACCUCUAGUGUGACUCCCAGGAGGAUGGCGGUGGGCGCUCUGCUGCAGGCUGCACUGUUCCUAUUGGGCCCAAUCGUCCUGGGAGAAGGUACCCAUGUUGGGAGUCCUGGGGAAGACUUCCGCUUCUGUGGCAAGCGCAACCAGACGAGGACGAGCAACCUCUACUAUCAGCAGUCAGAGGAACUGCACAUCUCCAUCAGGAACUCAGAGGAUGCCCUCAUCAUCCAUGCCCCCUUCGGCUCAAAACUGCCGAUUGUCCAGAACUUCCCAAAUGCCCUGGGCCUCUACCACUUCUGCCUCUACUGGAACCGCCAUGUGGGGAGGCUACACCUGCGCUAUGGGAUGCACGACUUCUUGCUGAGUGACCAGGCAUCGAACCUCCUCUGCUUCAGGCACCAGGAGGAGGACCAGACCCCCGGUCCCCCAUUGCUUGCCACCUCUGUCAGGUCCUGGUGGAAGCACCAGAACAUCAGCCUGCCCAGCGCGGCUGCCUUCACCUUCUCCUUCCAUAAUCCGCCCCAGAACGCCUCCCGCAAUGCCUCGGUGGACAUGUGUGAGCUGAAACGGGACCUGCAGCUGCUGAGCCAGCUCCUGCAGGAGCCAAGGAAGGGCACAGGCGCCAGGAAGCGCCCACACGCGCCCAUUGGCCAGCAGCUGCAGAACCUGGAGUCCAAGCUGAGCACCGUCAAGUUCACGGGGGACUCAGUGUCCUUCGAGGAAGAUCGGGUGAACGCCACGGUGUGGAAGCUGAGGCACUCGGCAGGCCAGCAGGACAUGCACAUCCACCAUGCUCAGCAGAAGAAAGAAGAGAGCGAGAUCCUAGAGUACUCGGUGCUGCUUCCCCGAGAGCUCUUCCAGAGGAGCAAAGGCCGGCGAGGGGAGCCAGCCAAGAGACUUCUCUUGGUGGACUUCAGCAGCCAGGCCCUGUUCCAGGACCAAAACUCCAGCCAGGUCCUGGGGGAGAAGGUUCUGGGCAUCGUCCUGCAAGACACCAAGGUGUCCAAUCUCCCGGAACCAGUGGUGCUCACCUUCCAGCACCUGCCUCAGCCGAAGAAUGUGACGCUUCAGUGUGUCUUCUGGGUCGAGGGCCCGACACCAAGCAGCCCCGGGAGCUGGAGUGAUGCGGGAUGCAAGACCAUCAGCAAAGAGACAGAGACGUCCUGCCUCUGCUCGCACUUGACCUACUUUGCUGUGCUGAUGGCCUCUUCCACAGAUGUGGACACCGUGCACAGGCACUACCUGUCUCUGCUGUCCUACAUAGGCUGCACCAUCUCUGCCCUGGCCUGCGUCUUCACCAUUGCCGCCUACUUCUGCACCAGGAGGAAGGCUCGGGACUACACCAUCAAGGUGCACAUGAACCUGCUGCUGGCCGUCUUUCUGCUGGAUGUGAGCUUCCUGCUCAGCGAGCCAAUGGCCCUGGUGGGCUCUGAGGCCGGCUGCUGUGCCAGCGCCCUCUUCCUGCACUUCUCCCUGCUCGCCUGCCUCACCUGGAUGGGCCUCGAGGGCUACAACCUCUACCGGCUGGUGGUGGAAGUCUUUGGCACCUACGUCCCAGGCUAUCUGCUCAAGUUGAGCAUUGUGGGCUGGGGCUUCCCUCUCUUGCUGGUGACCUUGGUGGCUCUUGUGGACAUAAACAACUACGGUUCCAUCAUCUUGGCUGUGCACCGCACCCCGGAGAGUGUCACCUACCCAUCCAUGUGCUGGAUCCGUGACUCACUGGUCAGCCAUAUCACCAACCUGGGCCUCUUCAGCCUGGUGUUCCUGUUCAACACUGCCAUGCUGGGAACCAUGGUGGUGCAGAUUGUGCGGAUGCGCCCGCAUGCCCAAAAGUGGCCGCAUGUGCUGACGCUGCUGGGCCUCAGCCUGGUCCUGGGCCUGCCCUGGGCCUUGAUCUUCUUCUCCUUUGCUUCUGGAACCUUCCAGCUGGUGGUCCUCUACCUCUUCAGCAUCAUCACCUCCUUCCAAGGCUUCCUCAUCUUCCUCUGGUACUGGUCUAUGCGGCUGCAGGCCCGGACCAGCUCUUCGUCUCUCAAGAGCAGCUCAGACAGCGCCAGGCUCCCCAUCAGCUCAGGCAGCACCUCAUCGGGUCGCAUCUAGGUGCUGCCUGGACCUCCGAGCAGCAGGGCUGGGCCCCAGCUGCUGACUCCUGUGGGUCUUUUCUUAGAGUCUGAAGACGCUCAGCUCAGGAGGUGCAAAGGCCUUUCUGACUGCUCUCCCUCUCCCAGGGCCUCCCCAGCCCUGAACUCAUAGCUCUACCUUGAUUCCAGCACUGUCUUCAGGGCAGAAAUUCCCAGAGGGCCUGGUGUCUGCUGAACCCUCCAUCUACUGCCUGCCCUGGUUUAGGCGGGCAACAUCCAUGCUCCCUUAGCUGCAUCCCAUCUCACUGCUUCGAGCCCCAGGGGCUUGCCCUUUUGGACACUAUCCCGCAGUAGGAACUAUGCAGCAGAGAAUUCUCACUCCAGCAGUGCUCAUUCUAGGAGGGCACCCACCUCUUGCACCGUUAAACUCACUAUAGUUUCAUCUGUUGAACACAAAUUGGGACCAACAGAAUCAGUCACUCCUCCUUGUGAUCUUCAGUUUAACACACAUGGUGUGCAGGAGACAAGAACCUCAGACACUCCCGGCACAGGGCUGGGGAGC